CGAUGAUGCUAUGGGCGCUGGUAGCGCUGCUGUUGGCGGCAUCUACACAAGCCUUCGAGAUCAGCGGCACGGUGUACCCUCAGGGCUCCGUCACAGAAAAGGUGGAACCUUUGAAGGUGCAUCUAAAUGGCGGAGAGCAGACCACCUUCGUGCGCGCAGACGGCACUUUCGUGUUCCGCGACCUGGAGCCAGGCCGCUACGUGGUGGACAUCCCGUCGACGCAGUUCCUCUUUAGCCAGUAUAAAGUUGAUGUGGCAGCAGAUGGACUUAUUCGCGCACUCGAGUACAAGUACCCCGGGGCCCCUAAGAUGCGCGCCAGUUAUCCGCUAAUCGCGGAGCCUGUCAAACAGCUCGACUACUUCGAGCAGCGCGAGAAAUUCAAUCUACUGGGCCUAAUUAUGAACCCGUCGUUCUUGACGAUCGUGGUUCCCAUCGGUCUACUGUAUAUUCUUCCCAAGCUGUCGGAGGGAAUGGACCCGGAAGAGAUGAAGAAGGCGCAGGAGGAAAUGGGAGCUACAGACCCGUCGUCAUUGCUUGCAGGGAUGCUGGGCGGCGGUCAGACCAAUGCUGAGGACAGUGACGACGAUUAGGAUGACAGAGCGGCUCAAGCGGAGGAAUUGCAGGCCAGGCUUGGUUUCCUGCUGUGUAAUAGACGAGCUUGAUGUCUUGCUGU